AUGAUGAACGGCACAGACGGCAAGCGAGGUCCGCCUUGCAGUUUGGAUGACGAGAUUCCCACCGCAGAGGAUGACAUAGGCAAUGGCUCUGGAAGCAUCCACAAGCAACAACGCCCCCGCUGCAAGAAGAAAUUGCCCCGCGAGAUUCGAAACAUCAUCUACCACAACGUCUUGACGAGACCCGACGGAACCUUCUUCAUCGGCACUGAGUAUUCCGCCAAGCUGUGCCGUAACAAAGCCAUCCUGGGCAACGACAGGCCCAACGCGCGGAGCCUCUCCCCAAGCCCGUUCACGUCCACCGACCCCAACCAGGAUGCAGCCUCAACCCGCAACCUCGCACUCCUCCGCACAAGCAAGGCUGUCUACGCCGAGGCAGGAGCCAUCCUCUACGGUCAGAAACUCAUGUUUGCCAACCUGGUGGCCUUGCAGAGCUUCCUGGCCGGCCUCCGCCCCUCGCAAAUCAGCCUCCUGCGACACGUGGCCCUCGCCCAUAAUCGCGAGUACCAGCGCCAAGUUACCUUCAUGACUAGCGUGUUUGCUCUCCUUGCGGGCGCCGACAACCUCGAGACCUUCGACCCGGGCAUGACGCGGGUAGGUUACCUGUGCCUCAGACCAAAAACCGACAUGCUCCUCGAUGACACCAUCAGCAUUGCCGGAUGGGAUGUCAUGGUGGCACACAUUAUGGCGGCUGCUGUCUAUUGCCACCUUUUCACAUACCUCCGCAGGGCGGUGCCUGUCCGUGGCAUUGACAAGGUCAUGCAGGUGCUGGAUGUGUUUGAGCUUGACUUUCGAAAUGGUCUCUGCACCAUGAGCAUGAGAAAACAAUUUCAGCCCAGGCACGUCCUGGAUGCUGAGUGGACUGAGGAGCGGAAGGCAGCCAUGAAGAAGGCGAUGGGCGAGGAGAUCGAGAGGCUGCUCAAGGAGGACAACAGCUGA